AUGGUUCUCGAGCGUGUCAAGCAGUUGGCACAGCAGGUGUCCAACACCAUUGCCCCUGCCCACCCCCUCGACCCCCUGUCCUCUCUGGAGAUUGAAGCGGCUGUCACUAUCCUACGCGGCAAAUAUGGCAAACUAUACUACAAUGCCGUUACGCUGCUGGAGCCUCCCAAGGAUCAGAUGUUGAAAUGGCUGGCCGCCCCAGAGGCCACUCCGAGACCUCACCGCAUUGCCGAUAUCGUGGUUAUCACGACUGAUGGGAAGGUCUACGACGGCAACGUAGAUCUCACCGAGGGCAAGGUCAUCAGCUGGAUGGAGACGCCGAAUGUGCAACCACUGAUCACCAUGGAGGACCUCAACGCCGUCGAGGACGUUGUGCGAAAAGACCCCAAAGUCAUCGAGCAAUGUGGCCUGGUUGGCAUUCCCGCCGAUGAGAUGCACAAGGUGUAUUGCGACCCCUGGACCAUUGGCUAUGAUGAGAGAUUUGGGAACGGCGUCAGACUCCAGCAAGCACUGAUGUACUACCGCCCGCACAUCGAUGACUCGCAAUAUAGCUACCCACUAGAUUUCUGCCCUAUCUACGAUGCGAACAAGAGAGAAAUCGUCCACAUUGACGUGCCAAAGAUCCGACGGCCUGUCAGCAAGGCCUCUCCCAACAACUACACUGUUCAGUCCAUCGAGGCAGCAGGUGGCUACAGAACGGAUUUGAAACCCAUCAAUAUUACCCAGCCCGAAGGCGUGAGCUUCAAGAUCACUGGUCGUAUUAUUGAAUGGCAGAACUUCUCCGUGCACGUGGGGUUCAACUACCGGGAAGGCAUCGUGCUCAACAACAUCACCUACUUCGACAAGAACGAGAACAAAACCCGACCCCUCUUCUACAGACUAUCGCUGGCCGAAAUGGUGGUCCCGUACGGAAACCCUGAACACCCGCAUCAGCGCAAGCACGCUUUUGACCUCGGAGAGUACGGUGGUGGCUACAUGACCAACUCGCUUAGCUUGGGCUGUGAUUGCAAAGGCAGCAUCCACUACAUGGACGCCGAGUUCGUCAACAGAGCAGGCUCAGCUCAGACGAUCAAGAACGCCAUCUGCAUCCACGAGGAAGACAACGGCAUUCUCUUCAAGCACACCGAUUUCCGUGACGACUCGGUCAUUGUCACCCGAGCGCGCAAGCUCAUCAUCAGCCAGAUCUUCACCGCCGCCAACUACGAAUACUGCGUGUACUGGAUCUUCCACCAGGACGGCACGAUCCAGCUGGAAAUCAAGCUGACCGGUAUCCUCAACACCUACGCCAUGAACCCCGGCGAGGACACCAAGGGCUGGGGCACUGAGGUGUACCCGGGCGUCAACGCGCAUAACCACCAGCAUCUAUUCUGCCUGCGUAUCGACCCCAAUAUUGACGGCCCAAAUAACACCAUCUUCCAGGUCGACGCUGCUCAGGGACCUGGUGAGCCCGGCUCCGAGGAGAACUUUUACGGCAACGCCUUCUACGCGAAGAAGACAAAAUACACAAACCCGAUCGAGGCGAUGGCCGACUACGAGGGUUCGACUUCUCGCUCAUGGGACAUUGCCAACGAGAACAAAAUCAACCCGUACUCACACAAGCCCGUGUCGUACAAGCUGGUCAGCCGCGAGGUUCCGCCCCUGCUGCCCAAGGAGAACUCGUUGGUGUGGAAGCGCGCCGGCUUUGCGCGCCACGCCGUGCACGUCACCAAGUACUCGGAUGAACAGCUCCACCCCGCCGGCCGGCAUGUGCCUCAGACCUCAGGCGAGCCGUCGAUGGGUCUGCCGCAAUGGAUCAACGCCCACCCCCAAGCGAAGAUCGACAACGAGGACAUUGUACUCUGGCACACUUUCGGCCUCACCCACUUCCCGGCGCCCGAAGACUACCCCGUCAUGCCCGCCGAGCCGAUGAGCCUGCUGCUGCGGCCGCGCAACUUCUUCCUGCGCAACCCGGCCCUCGACGUCCCGCCCAGCUACGCCCGCACACCGAGCCAGGUUGCCGCGGGCAAGAACGGCUGCAAUUGCACGGACAAGGUCAGCGUGCAGGUCUAA